CCAAAACCUACCACAUCCGAUUCUUCUGGUAACGGUUCCUAGUCAGCUUUCCUACUGGCCCUAAUUUUCCUUGUUAUCGUUGUUAUUAAUUUCAAUAUGGCGUCUUAAAUGAGUAGAUACCAGCGUGAUUACUACUUGCAGCUGCGAUAUCGCCAAGUAAUGAGCCAAGUAGCCUCAAAAGGGUAUUGAGGCACACUUUUGAGGAGUAAAGCUCAUAAAAAUGCAAUCCGGAAAUAACUGACGUUCAGUGACCAUCAGCUAAACAAUAAUCGAACCAAAGUACCAACCAGACCUCCAUAUCUGGAUCGGUAUUUCCUCUUCUUGAAACAUAACUUGGAUUCGUGUCUUCCGUUCCUACGGGGAACAACUGAUAUUAUUGGGUCCGUAUUGGCCGAAAGUUUGUCGAGAACACCUAGCCCCUAUCAUCAACCACUAUGGAAUGGCCGUCUCCAAAGUGGGCACCAUCGAGAUGGACGAUAUCGAGAUGGCUUCUCCUCACAAGAUUAUUACAAGUGUCAUGCACCCUCGUAACUGCUGUGAUGAACGGGUUCCUUCUAGCCUAUAUCCACAGGAACCGGCUCGGCGUUACGACAAGCAUGUUUUGUUUAGAGAUGAUGAUAUGUAUCGCACUCAUUUAUUCUGGCCUAGUACUAUCAAUACAACACUCUGGUAACCAACGGAGAAGAUCGAGCACAAUAUUGGCCACCAUCUUCGUUGCUGGCGAUGUACUACUCACUGGGAUCAUGAUCGCCAUCAUAUCAGUGCUCUCUCGCACGGGGCUGCCGACGGACUGCCAUGGAUUGACCCGAGACGAUAUGGAAAAAGGCGAUGCCCCUGACAACCCUCCCCCAGAAUAUGAUACAAGAUUUGGCGAUGGGGAUGAUAUAAAAGGACUGCUUGAUAAAUACUGUUCUCUAGAGCAGAGCUUCUAUUCCAUCGCCAUAGCCCUAGUAUUUACUUACAUGCUAACGAUAACACUGGGAGCGUUGCGGAUCUUUGAGCAGCGUUGGAACCAGCGCCAGAAAGAUCGCCUAUUUCCAUCGACAGACGAUAUUUAUCAACCUGACCAUCUAGGACCAGAGAUUCAAAGCACUAAUGCUGAGAGAGACCCUGAUGACGCCGUGCGAUCUAGAGAAAGGGUCUUGACGCCAACAGCUAGGGCGAACCCUAUAAUACAAACUGUUAAUGUCGAGUCCUCUAGCGAAAUACAUGGGGAUCGUGCAUUCAACGACCAAAGACGGACACAGCCACUCCCUGUCUCUCCUGUGUCCAUUGCUUCUCGAAUAUCUCAAGUGUCUCCCAUUUCACCCGUUAUGCACCAGCAUGGAUUAUUCCAUAUGGCCUCACAAGACAUGCCGGACAUGUCCGCGGGAAAUUCAAUGAUGAGCCACUCUUCGGAUCUCGCAGCUGAAGCUAUGGUGAUAGACGGGUACCGAUAUACAGUUCAGCCAAGGAUUCCGCCACUACCCGCUUACUCACCAAGUUCGUCGGGGGGUCGGUUUAUGGAUGGACACGGUAAUGAGUCAAACGAGAUGCGUUUGAGCGACUACGUCAAAGGUGAGACGCGGGCACAAAACAUGAAGGACUCGGGAUUGGGCAUGUAAGAGAUACGUAUAUUAGGAUGUACCUAUAUUUCAUAUCUGGCGGCAUAUGUUGGCGGGAUGAUUGAUUAACCAUUGGUUUCCAAUUCAUGAGCGACGGCGUCGGAGGUUACUCAGUUGUCAGUUUUACGAAAAGUCUUCUUGCUUUGUCGAUAGAUCCUCUGGUAGACUAUCAUCUAGUAUAUCUUCAAUUCAAUGAAAAACACCCCUCAGGAAAAUAUAGUAAUGAACCAUCCCAAUUUCGUAUAGUUUACCUG